AUGGCGCUCACGGACCUCAUGUCGGUCGAAAUGAGCGCCAAGUACAUGGACAUGAGCAGCUCGUCAGGGCUGUCGGACUCGGACUCGGACGAGCUCUUGUCGUCCUCGUCGAGCUCGUCGGAGCUGUCGUCGUCGUCGUCUGCGAUGGCGUCGGACACGCCGCGGGUUUCGAGGAGGAAGGCGAAGAGUGCUCGAGGACAGGCAGACGAGAAGGGCGUUGCCGGUAGGGCUGGAGGAGACUCGAGAUGGACGAAGAAGAAGACGAAGACGACGAAAAUGACAGAGCGUGCAGCUGUGAAACCGGCGGCAACGGCGAGCAGUGCAAAGCCAAAGAGAGUGGAGAAGACAGAAGCCGGUGCACUUCCUCCGCCGCCUCCGCCACCGCUGUCGCCGACUUGUGCGUCUUCGGAUGAUGAUGGGUACUUGUCCAGUAAUAACUCGAUCAGUGUCAGCUCGAGCUCGGACUCGUCCGAUCUGUCGGACCAUUUGGAGAUGGAUCCCCCGCCUCCGCCGCCUCCUCCCGCUUCUUUCGACCGAGGUGCGACUGCGAGUGCUUUCACAGCGUCAAAGGUAUUGCCGUUGACAAGACCGCCUUUUCGAAGACCUCCAGCAACGAAGAACGCGUCGGAAGCGAGUGCUUCGUCGUUAAAGGUGACACUUAAACUCCCGCCGGGAUUUCGCGCGAAGCACAGUGGUACUGCGGUGCCUGUUGACAGUCGGAUAAAGGGUGAUCAUCCGUCUGCUGUCGCUAGACGUGGUGCAGAACUCGCUGGGAAGAUGAACGGGGCGCUGUUUGCGGAAUCUGUGGUUCCAGAUGGCCCACGUUUUUCAGCAAAACUGAUUCCAACAGGGCCUACUGUACUUGCGGGCGAGGUUCGUGGUGCACGAGAACUGUCACUUGUGAACCCAGCCUACACCGGAAGCAGUCCCGAAGAAAUAAUUGAGUCGAACAUUCCGGCCCAUUUCAACGACCCGUGCGCGCAGGAAAGCGAUACGCUGCGUCUUUUGGACAUGUUUUUCUUUUGUGACGAAAAUGGCAAAGCAGUUAGUCUCGAGAUUCUAGACCGUCCGAGCGACCAGCGUCCGAAAAUCAUGGCGUUCGGUACAGUCGUCGAGCAUUUACCGCUGACGGAACGACCUCUCCCGAACAAGCCCAUUCUCGCAUCUCCGGCUUUUCCCUCACGCUCUAAGAAGCGUUCUCGGACAGAUUCUUCUGUGUCCACGCCUGCAAAGUCUCCAGCUCCGAAGUCAAGAGCGAGGCCCAGAGGUGACACUAAGCGCGCUAGGUUGGAUAGCGAAAUGAUGUAUCAAGGCGACGGCGAAUGCGAAGAACGUGAAAUGAACGAGCAGUCUGGCAUGGGCAAACGUGGCAUAUUCCGCCAUUCGCAUGUGUAUCGUGCCCUCAGUUCGUUCUCGCUAAGUCGACUGUCGCAAAUGGAUGGUCAUUCUGGCUCUAAUAGUGAAAGCAGUGACAUGACCUCGGACGACGAAAACAUUCGUCGUUUCGACCGCAGUGCAGCUGGUGGAGGUUCAGAUAAUGCUAGCGAGCUCCAGUUCUCGGCAAGCAAUAGCUCAAGUGGAAGUGAAAGCGACGACGAUAUGCGAUCUUCUUCGGGCGGGAGCGAUGCCGAGAACAGGGUCGAAUUGGCACGAGCGAGCCGGCGCUCAAGUCCUGAGGUUGCAGCAAGAAAUCCGUUUCCCCGAAACUCUGUUGAUUCCGGAACGCGACCAGCCGGUCAAGUACAGAGACGACCAAGCACCAGAGUGGAUUCGAGGAAUGCUGGUCUACCUCAUGAUGUAAUCGAACUCAUGCGGACCGACCAGGCUGUCGAAUUGGACGCCAAUGGUACGCCUGACGAGCUUAACUUGAUGGAGUGCGGGUUCCGUCAUCCACCGGAAUAUGCUCGCGCUCGUGUCUGGCUUCCUGAAAUCACGGAUUGGUGCCUGGAUUACGCAGAAGGCGAUCCCACGUUGUGGGUUGUCACUCCUCAUGCCUGGUACAAGAUCGCAGGGCCUUUAUCAGGCAUGUUGCCACACGCAUCAUACCGACAUACUUUCAAGCACGUUCGUCGCUUAUUUGAGGCCAGCUACCUUGUGGCGUACGUUCUCAAGGAGUGGCUGCCGAUCAAUAAAAAGGUCUCGUACCGAGCCACGUUGCAGCAGAUAAUCGAAGUGUCUCUGAAAGGGAGAUACCGGGUGUCCGCCUGGUUUCUCGUCAAAAAUUACCCCUUUAUCCGUGCCCAGGUGUCCAACCUGUUCUCUGACAAAGAGACCUACUUAGAGUCGAUGUUUUUUAAGCAGUUGCAUCGUCUUCACGAAAAUUACACGUUACGCGUAGCACGACACCAAAAGGAAAUGGCCGAGCGUGAAGCUCGUCGCGUAAAACGAGAAAAUGAGCGUCUUCAGAAAAAACAACGGGACGAGGAUGUGCGUCAACGUCUCAAAGAUGAGCGUGACGAAGAGCGAAGGCAGAAAGAGCAAGAGCACAAGUACCCUGUGGAAGAUUUGCAACUACUCGAAGGAGACGCAGUGAAUACAAACAGCUUGCCCUUGAGCUGCUCCAGUUUGAAGGGCAUCAAGGGUCCUUUGCUGGGCGAGCUCAUCAUGGCAUGGCAGACGAUUUGCACAUUCAAGAGUUUUUUGGGGCUAGAGUCAAUCUCGCUGGAGGCCCUUGUCGAGUGUAUCACGACUCGUUCUGAUGAGGGAACCCACGUCGGUCUAGCUCGUAUUUUCAUGGCAUUCCUACGAGUCAUCUUGUCGGAAAAGUCGUUCAUGUCACUAGUAGAUGAUCUUGUUGUCGAGAGCAACAUCAAGGUAUCUGACUUGUUUGUCAAUUGCGAAAGAACCUACGGAACAUGCGAGCGUGCCUACGGUGACAUGCUGAAUGCGGUUACCUGGCAAGAGAUUCUCCGCCAGCUGAUGUCUAAGGAUCUUGGAAUCGACCCGUCCAUUGGACACGUCGAGCCUUUGGUUGGCUGUGAGAUUGUCCGGCAAACGCUGUACAUGCAGAACAAUUCUGCUCCCUUCAACGCUCCGGUCGAUAUGACUACAAAAGGUCUGGAAGACUACACGCAAGUCAUCAAAAACCCGAUGGAUUUGGGCACUAUCAAGAAAACGAUCGAUUCGGGAGGCUACGAGGGACCCGAUGGGCACAAGAAGUUUGCAGAAGAUAUUCGAUUGGUGUGGGAUAAUGCUGUGCUAUACAAUGGUGAGGAAUCGGAGGUAGGUCGCGCUGCGGUGGCUUUGUCCGACGUGUUCGAACAAGAUUAUGAAAGGCUUGUCGUCGGACGCAUCCGCGCGAACCAGAGCCGGAUCGAAGAGUGCGAGAAGGCAAAGGAGAAGCUGAAAGACCCGUUCGCGAAAGAGCUCGAGUCGUUUCAAUACGCCGAUGUUGUCUACGGACUAUACUGUUUGGAGUUUCAUGAACUUCCAUCAGCAUACAAAAUCGGUGCGCUUUCAUGGAUUUGCUCGGAAUUCCUGACGCUGUCUAGCGUGCGGGCGUAUUUGGCAGACCAAGUGGAACAGGAGAUGCUGAUCUACAAGAACCAUAGAAAGCGCGCGGCCGAUUUGGAUUUUAGCCGAAAACAGUCGGAUAAAAUGCGCCGUGAAAGGGAGAAUGCGUUCAGGAGAGAUUGUGCCAACCAAGGCAUUCAUCCCAACUCGCACAACGUGUUCUCGGAAGGCAUCAAACGCCGCCACAAGUUCAUUGGAAAGUUUUUCGAGGACAUCCAGGCUGAGAAAGUUGAAGAUGAGAAAACCUUGGAGCAGGAGAAAAAGGCCCAGGCGGAAGUACUGGCGAACGAGUUGAGCUCAAUAGUUAUUCGCGAGUCUCCUUUGGGAAGAGAUCGGUAUCACAACUCGUACUAUAUGUUCAGGAAUGACACGAAGCCACGACUGUUUAUCGAACGUGGAGAUACGGGAGAUUUUGUGGUGUGUGGUAGCAAAGCGCAGCUAAUGGAAAUCAUGCAGUGGCUAAAUCCAAAGGGCGUCCGCGAGCUUGACCUGCUAAAAAAGUUGCAGUCCGUGGAAGACAAACUGAUUGAUUAUUUCCAUGAGAAGCAAGAUGGGAAUAUGCUUGAGAUCGUGUGGAAUACUACGGACGGCAUCGAGCUUCAGAUGUUUCCUCUCCGCGGCGGCGUAUGGCAUAACGGGGCUGGCGGUAAGAGUGAGACCGUAACAAUCACGGCCGCGGACGGAGUCAUCAAUGCACGAAGCAUCGCCCAGAAGAUGUUGAUCUACUUGAAGCAGCAGCUCGUGAACACGAAAACGUUGCCUGCUUCGUGGGAAGGAGCUCAAACGUGGAGCAAGCGUGUCGUAGAGGCAAAAUCGUUCAAGGAGCAGCUUGAUUUGUUUGCUGAAUUGGAAAGUACCGCGGUGACGACCUUGAGCUCGGGAGCGGAGACGAUCCGACCUUCGUGGCAGCGGAAGCGACGUGAGUGGCGAUUAGCCCUGGAAGGUUCUUGUACAUACGCGCAGAUGGUGCUUCUGCUUCAUUUGCUUCUGGAAGAGUUCAUUAACGUAGAGGCUUUCCUGGAUUUGAACAUUCGCUUGGAUCGGAAGGAGUGGCUUAAGCUGCGACCGAAAGAGACCCGAAAUUUUAUUCCUGAGCCAGGAGCAGUUGUUGUCUAUUUCGGGGAUGGUCACGCACUCGCGUUGAAAGAAGAUGAGAAGUCCAAAAGAAAACGUUUUACCCAGAACAGCGACACUCCUGCUCGAGAUGUAACGGUCAUUUGCACGGUGAAAAGUGUAUCAUAUCACCACGGUGGCGGUGACCCCUAUGCGUUGGCAAUGUUACAACCCAUCACAGAUAUGUCGCGACACGAAUGCGCUCGCAAGCCAGGCAGUCUUCUGUGUCCUUUGCCAUCACGAGAACAGAGACUAGCUCGAGUGUUCCUGCGCGUUCUAGCUAGAUUGAAGAUGCUAGCUGAUGCCGUUCCGUUCCUGGAGCCCGUUUCUAAUCGGGAGUUUCCUCAGUACAAGGAGAUCGUGUUGCAUCCCAUGGACCUCGGUAAAAUGGCGAAGAAGGCGAGCGAGCUGAAGUAUGACACGGAGGCCGAGUUUAUGGCUGACCUGAGGCUCAUCCGGGACAAUUGCCAGCUCUUUUGUGAAGGUCGUUUUCCAACACUCCCGCCGUUAGCCAACAACUUGGUCAACGUAGCGGAUGCACAGAUUAAGAAAUGGGGCAAAGAAAUUCGUGCAUGCGAAGACACCCAUGACAAUCCGUCGCUUGUAGAGAAAAACAGCGCAGCUCCAUCGUCUCCAGAGAAGAAAAGCGAGUCGACGAACGAGGACGAGUCAAUUGUUGACGGUGGGAAGCUGCCGACGCGUUCGAUUGUCACUAUGUUGCGAUUGGAAAACCGAUUGACUGAGUAUAUCGUGGACACGAGUCGCUACUUGCGGGCUGUAAACCACACGUGGCGAUGCGGAGAAAAAUUCCGUAUGCUCUUCCGUAACCCACAAGGUCAACCAGGCGAGUACUAUGGAGGCGUGACUGCAGGAUCUUUGCCGUUUGACAAAUACGGGAUGCUACCGUGGGAGUCAUUGCGCAUCACCUGGGACGACGAUGACGGAUCGGACAACAAUCGCAUAAAUCCAUGGGAAGCGGAAUUAACCGAGGCGGGAUCAGCGCGAAAGUGA